AUAAAAAAAUAAAAAAUUGUAAAAAAUUGUAUCUAUUUUGUAGACAAUGUGAUAAACACAAUGUUGGUCUUGCUUUACUUCCUUGAAUGUAGUAAAAGAACUACUAAUGAGUUUGCCUCAGACAUUGCCACUGGCAAUAUCAAUAGGUUAUUCACAAAAAAAUCCACACACCCCCAACAGAUGGACAUGCUUUUUGACUGCCCCUUCCAACUGGAUCUCCUCAAGUACUAGACCCCCCUCCUGCCAGGAUUUCCAAGGCAAAAGAACCCCCCCCCCAUGCCUGGAUUUCCCAAAAAAAUUAUGGGCCUUAAAUUUCAUUUAUAUUCAGUAGAAUUCUUUGCACAAUCAUAUCCAGAAUAUGCUCUUGUGUAAUUUCUAAAGCUUCAGCCAAUAUUAAGCUUACAAUUAUUAUGUAGAACUCAAUAAAACAAGCUAAAUACAAAUACAUUUUUGGACUCGUAGCUUUUUGAAAACAUGUGACUUGUUUCUUACACAGCGCAAAAUAUGUGUCCAAAUUUAAAGGAUAAGACUUUCGGUAACUCGAAUAAAUAUUUUACCUCUAAGCUGGGUUUCUAAUAAGGUGAGGGAACGAAAUUGUGUGGAAUAUUGGAGGCAAACUGUGUGGGAGAACACUUCGAUUGACUGCAUGGAAUUGUGCGGAUUGUGCAAUCUUUUGAUGAACAAAAUUUAAAUUUCAACUGUUCUUGCCAAGUGCUACAGCAAGGAAAUUCUGCAUUGACAGUAUAUAUAGUUUAGCUUAGUUUAUUUCCCUAGAAGUUCAAAUACACCUAGCCCGGGACAUCCAAACGAUGGAAAUCAAUGAUUGGAAAACCAAUCGAUCAAUCGGUAUCAAUCGAUAAAAUUAGUUAAUUGGUAUCAGUUGGUAUCGGUCAAUCAAUGAACAAUCGAUAACCACGCAAAAACUGUUCAUCGAUUGCUAUUGAUUGGCACAGAAACCUCGAACAGACGUCACACAUGCUACUUGUCCGAUCAUCCGCCAUUUUUAGGAAGCCAGUGCCAACCCAGUCUUCUCAACGCAAAGAAUAUACCCUGUUGCACGUGUACUUGAAUUACCCACUUGCCCGUCAUUGCCUUUCCAUGUCAUUUCUGUGUCAUUCUUAACCAUCGUGGACAGCUCAGCUUAUUUUAUUUCUUUCAGACACAAUUGGCACCUUCAUAGAUUUUUUGUUUGUAUGUUUAUGAUCUUUGUUUUAAGCACGAUUAGGUUUGUUAUUAUCAGGCUAGGCAUUUUCUGCUUUAUUCAUUAUUUUGCAUCAACUCAUGCUGUUGUUAGCAAUUUCAUUGUUUGCCAAAUUACAACUUCUGUUACCAGAAUUUUUCUGUGAAGGCGCAAUGCAACCACUUUCCAUCUUUUGAAGUCUGUAGUAUUGGCCCGUGUCCGCUCUGGUAAAUAGCUUUCCACUUUGGAUAACGUUUUCAAACUUCAAACGUUUCUGUUUUUGGUUGACGUUUUCAUGGGAUAUGUGUGGACGGGGGAAGCAAGAACAGGAACAGCUUUUGAGUUGUCAAAGGAAAAUGGAUACCUGUGGACAGUGCUUUGAAGAAAAAGAAGAGAGUAUUGUUCUCCUGUUAACUUUGAAAGCAUUAAAAUGAAAUGUGUUUACAAUUACUGAGUACAAGGAUGUGAUAUUUAUGUGCCAAUUCCAUCAAUCUGCAGCCAAUCGAUAUCAAUUUAUCUAUUGAUUGUUAUUGAAAAUCGAUACCAAUCAAUAACAACACAAAUCUUCACCAUUGAUUGGUCAUCGAUUAACAUAGAUGAGGACCACCAGAUGCCAACCUUGUUAAGCUUAAUUGGUGGCAAAACGUACACAUUGUUGAGAGAUCUUCUGACACCAGACUAACCAGCUAUGAAGAGCUUCCAGGAGAUCGUCAGAACCCUUCAACAACACUUUAGUCCUAAACCAUUAGAAAUAGCAGAAUGUUUUUGUUUUUACAAAUGAAACCAGCGUGUAGGAAAAACUGUGUUGACCUAUGAAGCCGAUCUGAAGAAGCUAGCAGCCCACUGCAAUUGACGGGUUGGUCUGUGGCCUUCGCAAUGUACAGAUACAAAAGUGUUUGCUCUCAGAAGCCAAACUGAAAUAUACCAAGGCUUUGGAGAUUGCCGUAGCGAUGGAAACAGCCAUUCUUGAUGCUUCGGAAUUGCAAAGUGAAUUUCAGCUAGAACAACCUAGAGUUGACGAGAUAUCAGAUAAUAGCAAAACAACUCCAGUACUUCCCCCACUGCCGAACCCCACUGCUAACGCUUGUUAUUGGUGUGAAGGAGACUCGCACGCAACACACAAUUGCAGAUUCAAGGACCAGACAUGCUAUCAUUGCGGAAAGGUGGGACACAUUUCAAGAGUCUGUUGCUCGAAACAACAAGGUAAGCCCAAACAAAUGUAGAGAACACAGCAAAACACCCAAGAACAUACUAUUGAAUACAGUAAGAUCGAUGAAUAUGAAGAUUUAUUAAGCUUGAAGAUACAUAAUGUGGGCAACCUGAGCAGAAAUGUUAUCUGGGUAGAUUUAAAAGAAGAGGGGAAACCUCUGAAAAUGGAACUGGACAUGGGCUCGGCAGUGUCGAUUAUCAUGAAUUGUACUUGAAGAAAUUUAAUGACAUACCUUUGCAGAAAACUAAAUUGUUGUUAAAAACUUGCACUAGGGAGAACAUUACUCCUGUUGGAGUGCUUAGAGUACAUGUUGAGUACAAAGGCCAGCAACCAUUACUGUUGGAUCUGUUUGUCGUCAAGGGCAAGGGCCCUGUGUUGAUGGGGAGGGAUUGGCCCUACAAGAUACGCUUAGAUUGGUGUGCCAUCAAUUCACUGAACAUUUCACAGGCUGCACUAACUGCCAAAGAGCAUCUGCAAUCCAUGCUAGACAAAUACUCGGAUGUUUUUGAAGAUAAACUUGCAACAUUCAAAUCAGCUAAAGCAAAGCUAGCCUUCAAAGAAGACACCCAAGCUCGUUUCCACAAAGCUCGAGCUGUGCCAUAUGCCUUGAGACCAAAUGUUGAAGAGGAACUGAGAAGACUUCAGAAUGAAGGCAUUCUCACGAAAGGCGAGUGGAGUGAGUGGGAAAUUCCCAUUGUACCCGUCCCAAAGAAAGAUGGAUCAGUACGAAUAUGCGGUGAUUACAAAGUUACAGUGAACCCAGAGCUACAAGCUGAGCAGUACCCCUUACCCUGCAUUGAAGACAUCUUUGCAAGGCUUUCUGGUGGGCAGAGAUUCUCAAAGAUCGACAUUUGUCAAGCAUACCACCAACUAGAGAUGGAAGAAGAUUCUAAGAAAUAUCUCACUAUCAACACUCAUAUGGGCCUGUUUCAGUACAACCAACUAGUGUUCGGCAUCACAUCUGCACCCGCUAUCUGGCAGCAUACGAUUGAUCAAGUGCUGGAAGGAACAUCUGUACAAGUUGUAUCCUUGAUGAUAUGAUCAUUACAGGAAGGAAUGAUGAAGAACACCUGGCAAAUUUGGAAGAAGUCCUGUGACGGCUACAGCAUCGUGGCUUAAGAGCAAACAAGGCAAAGUGUGAGUUCUUCAAGGAGAAGAUAACCUACUGUCAGUAUGAUAUCGACAGCAAUGGCCUACACAAGUCAGCGGAGAAAGUAGAAGCAGUUUUGAAAGCACCAUGCCCAAACGAUGUAGCUAAAGUAAGAUCGUUCCUUGGGUUAAUCAAUGAUUAUCACAGGUUCCUGCCUAACCUGUCAAUGGCAGUGCAUCCCCUGCAUCAACUCUUGAAGAAGAUUCACAAAUGGAAAUGGACAAAACAAUGCCAUGAAGCAUUCCACAAAGUGAAAGAAGUGAUCACUUCAGAGAAAGUUCUAACCCACUACGAUCCAAGCCUACCACUCACAAGAAUUGAGGAAAAGUAUGCACAGAUUGACAAAGAAGCCAGUAGUCUGGAGGGUCAAGAAGUUUCAUGUAUAUUUGUUCAGGUGCUCGUUCUCCCUGUGUACAGAUCAUUAGCCAUUAACGUCACUCUUUCAUCUGCAGAAAAGCAUCCCUGUUGUCACUGCAGUUCAACUUCAACAUUAUGCUUUGUUCCUGGCCGGCUAUGAUUACACAAUUGAAUACAGAACACUAAAGUUCAUAGUAAUGCUGAUGGUCUUUCCUGUCUCCCUCUUGAAGCAGAAAUCAGAAAUGAAGAAGUGGUAGACCCAGUGGGAGUCUUCAAUUUGUUGCAGUUCAAUCCACUACCAGUCACUGUGGACAGCGUCAGUAAAGGAUGGCCAUACAACCAUGUUCCUGAACUCAACCCCUUCUUUAUGCAUAGAGAUGAGAUCACAUUACAGUCAGCCUGCCUAAUGUGGGGAAUAAGAGUCAUAAUACCUCCCAAGCUGCACCCACAAGUCCUCAAAGAUCUUCAUUAGGGACAUAUCAGAGUCGUGAAGAUGAAAGCCAUUGCCCGGAGUUAUAUCUGGUGGCCUGGUAUCGACAAGGAAAUUGAACUGACUGCUAAGUCCUGCCCUGGCUGCCAACUAACACAGAGAGAGCCUAGUACAGUACCAGUGCACCCAUGGGAAUGGCCUUCGUUGCCCUGGCAAUGAAUUCAUAUUGAUUUUGCAGGACCGUUCCUUAACAGCAUGUUCUCGGUGGUAGUGGAUGUGCAUUCAAGAUGGCUAGAGGUAGAGAGAAUGAGUUCUACCACUUCAGAGAAGACCAUUGAAACCCUUCAGAUGUUAUUUGCCAGGUAUGGAGUGCCAGCCCAGUUAGUAAGUGACAUUAUCAUGACACGUAUGGCCCUGUGUGCAAUUUCCUCAGAAAACCAUAAGAAAAAGGGCCUCGUAUGAGGGCCGUACACGUUGAAGUGAUCAGGCUGGAAAAACACGCACCGCCCUACUAGAAAUGCAUAUGGCCCUACAAAGAAUGCAUAUGGCAAAAUCGAUGCGAGUUAAUGACAAAAACAAUUUUGUUGCUGCAAAAUUUUGUUCUCUUCAAAAUGAGUGAUGAAAGUGAACAUUCUGAGAGGUAAUUUUACUAUCCAGACAAACUGUCCGAUACAGAACUACUUCAGUCGCCAACUCAGGGUCCAAAAUUGCGACUGACUGGUUGCCAAUGCAACUAAAAAUUAAGUGUUGGCAACCAGAAUUUUAAAACUGGUCGCCAAGAGGCGACUAACCUUUUGUCCUCUGGGCAUUUGAAAUUCCGAGGUAAAAGGGCUUUUUUUAAAGAGAAAACAUGAAGCUCCUGUGGACAAUUGUGGUAAAACGAAGUGAGGAUUUUGCGAUCGCCAUAUUUACCCAGCGCCAUAUUGUGUCAGUGGCUUCUCCCUAUACGGAUAUUGCGGGCGAAAAUGAGACUUAGUGAAAUUGUGACAAGUUGUGACGAGAUUGAAAGCGUUGGCGGAAACACGUGCGCUUAAUUCUUAAUACUUUACCUAAAUUCCAGUAAAUUUCAGCUCUGAAAUAUAAGUUGAGGUAUUAUCUUACCAUGUACUACAUGUGCAAAAGAUGGCUAUCAGCUCUUUGCGAUCAUUUUGUGAUUUGCUGCUCCCAGGAGACGAAACAUCCAUUCUGAGAUGUUUCGACGACUUAGAUAAAUGCUUGAUUGUACAAUCAGAUUUAGUAGAUUUGGCUAAGCUGCCUCGGGAUGACCUUGGAAUGAGCUUAAUACCAGAUGACAUCGCUGCUAAGCCUUUGGCUUAUGGAAAUCCUGUGGCACUGUAAUCAACUGGAAACGGCAAUUGCUUAUAGAGUUAGGUCUCACUACUCAUUUUGUGGCGAUGAAUCUCGUUGCUGGAGAGUUGUAUUUCAAUGCUGAAUAUUAUGCCAAUCACAAAAUUUUUUUAACUAAACGGAAAUAAUAAGAGAAAGAAAUCCAAAGCCUUUGCUAGAAUGUUGACAAACACGCUCAUUGAGAUGUAGGACUCUGUUACUGUUACACAGCUUUUGUGAGUCUCUCCUUUAAUAGCUGUAUGUAUAUUGCGUUGAAUGAAAACAUUUUGUUGAAAGGUUAAAUUUUGUGCUUUACUAUAAAUUAAGGUAAAUUAUACCCUGGGAAACCACAAAAAGGCGACCAAACCUUUCCAUCUGGCGACCAAAAUUUUUAGGUUAGUCACCAGUUGACUCCGUUAGGAAAAGGUUAAUUUCAGACCCUGCAACUCACUCUGAAAGCAAAGAAAGAAAGUCAACACUCCUCACAAAUGAAGAAGUUUACAACUUUGUCAGAAGCCAACAGCAAGCAAACAGGUGGUCAAGAAAACAACUUUUCAGGAUGAACUGUGUGAUAGUUAAUCUUUGGAAUAAGCAAACAGUCUUGAGGUGAAACUUCUUUCAGUGGAAAGUAUCAAAGAAUUCACCCUAGGUCAAAAGCAAGAAAACAAUGCGAAGAAAACAAAGCAUGAUAUAUUAAGUUAAAUGUUUUUUUUUUUUGAGUUUCCAGAGCUUCUGGGAGAAGUUAUUUAAACCAGAGAAAUCACAAACGUACUGUUGAGUCGUGGUAAAUAUUAAGGGGGGAGGAGUUGUGGAGUGUUUGGCCAGCAGCUGACAUUAGUGAGCAUGUGCACUCAUGCAUGUUUCUGUAACCAUGUGCUUUGAUUCACAUUAAACUGAAUACGUGACAGGGUUGGCUUUGGCUUUCUAAAAAUGGCAGAUGAUCAGACAGGUAGUGUGUGUGACGUCUGUUUGAGGUUGCUGUGUAUGCACACAUGUACUAUUUACAGUGGUUGCUACUUACCUUGCAGAUGGGAGAUGUACUUGAAAAUAAUAAUUGAAUUCCAUAGUAUAUUUUAAUAGAGUAGUUUGUUUUAAGGUGGCUGAACACAGUUUUUGAUACCUGUGUUUCAUUCACCUUUUUCUCUAAAACCCUUGAUA